CCCGCCGCCCGCAGCCCGAGCCGCACCCGCCGCGGACGGAGCCCAUGCGCCGGCCGAGCCGCGCGCCCCGGCCCCGGCCCCCGUCCCCGCGCCGGCCCCGGCCCCGGCCCGGGGAGCAGUCGCGCCAGUGAGCGGUGGGCAGGAGACCCCCCGCAGCGCCCGGCUCCUGCGCCCUUGAGGAACCAUGACGGAGUACAAGCUGGUGGUGGUGGGCGCCGGCGGCGUGGGCAAGAGCGCCCUGACCAUCCAGCUCAUCCAGAACCACUUCGUGGACGAGUACGACCCCACGAUCGAGGACUCGUACCGGAAGCAGGUGGUCAUCGACGGGGAGACGUGCCUGCUGGACAUCCUGGACACGGCGGGCCAGGAGGAGUACAGCGCCAUGCGGGACCAGUACAUGCGCACCGGGGAGGGCUUCCUCUGCGUGUUCGCCAUCAACAACGCCAAGUCCUUUGAGGACAUUCACCAGUACAGGGAGCAAAUCAAGCGCGUGAAGGACUCGGACGACGUCCCCACGGUGCUGGUGGGGAACAAGUGUGACCUGGCGGCGCGCACCGUGGAGUCGCGGCAGGCGCAGGACCUGGCGCGCAGCUACGGCAUCCCCUACAUCGAGACGUCGGCCAAGACGCGCCAGGGCGCCCGCUCUGGCUCUGGCUCCAGCUCCGGGACCCCCGGGACCCAGCGCCCCUGGCUCUGGCGUGGAGGACGCCUUCUACACACUGGUGCGAGAGAUCCGCCUGCACAAGGCUCGCAAGCUGAGCCCGCCGGACGAGGGCGGCCCGGGCUGCACCAGCUGCCGCUGCCUGCUCUCCUAGCCGCGCCGCCCUCGGAGGGCCCCUCCUGGCCCCGCCCACGAAGGACCGUCUCCUGGCCCCGCCCACGCCCACGGAGGAGGCCGUGUCCCCUCCUUGCCGGGUACAGAACUCAAGCCUCCAAGGACGCUUUGCACAGACUGUGGGGACUGCAGCCGCGGGCCCGCUGUCCCGGCCUCGGGGGCACGUGCAGAAUCGCAGUAAAUUAUUGGAUGGUCUUGACCGGGUCUGGCUGAGGAGGGGGCUGGGGCGCCCGUGGGCGUGGCUUAGUCCGCAGCCGGGCAGAGCUGGGCCCCCGUGGGAGCGGGUCACAUAGCAGAGGCACCAAGUGGAGUGGCCGAGGGGCACCCAGCCCCAUGGGGGCAUGGGCCUAGGGUGAGGGGUGGCCCACUGGCCCUGUCCCUCUCCCCUGGGGCUUGUCCUGGACGCCAGAUCUCGCUGCCACCCAGCUACCUGGCAGCCCUGAUCCCAGCCCCUGCCUAGGGUGAGGAGGUGACUGAGGCCAGCUCACGUGCCUUCGUCAGCCUGUCAAGGCCCCUGGUGUUGGGCUCCCCCGUGGCUGGGGCAUUGGUGGGCCACACAGGUGGGGGGCUGUGCCCACCUGGGGCGCUCAGCUUCCAGAGGUGCUGGGGCUGGAGGCCCGCAGAUGCCUGUCACCACCCCUUCAGGCAUCGGGCAGGGGUACCACAGCUUGGGGUGUCAGACUCUGACCCCGUCUGCGACCCUCACUGGCUACUCCAGGGGCCAGCAGUGGGAGGACACACCCUAACCUGUGUCUCUGGAAAGCUUGUCUAGGGCACCCCACUGUGUACGCUGACCCAGUGUCCACACCCAGGGACCCCCAUCACUGUCCUGGCCCUGUGUCUACACCCAGGUGACCCAUCACUCUCCUGACCCAGUGUCCAUACCCAGGUGACCCAUCACUGUCCUGACCCUGUGUCCACACCCAGAUGACUCCAUCACUGUCUGAGCUGGUGUCCACAUCCAGGGCCCCCCGCUACACAAAGACAGUGCCGGUCACUGCAUCCAGUCCUUUGCCCUUGCCCCUGGCCGGCUGGUGGAGUGGACAGCGUCCAGCUGCCUCUCGGUGCUGCCCGUGCUUUCUUGCGGGUGCGGGUCUCUGCUGCACAGUGUAGGUUUGUCGGGGCUGGUGGACAGGGCCUUGGGUACUGUCCACCAGGUGGAGGGGUCUCCCGUCGUGCCGCGAGCGGGUCAGGGUCACUGGCGUGCUGGGCCUGACCCCCAUCCACGUUCUUUGUGCGUUACUUGGGGACGAGCCCCACUUAGCGGCAGCUGGCGGCGGCUUCAGGCCCAGACCCGCACGGCCAGGGGUGUGGCGGGAACACCUGGAUGAGAUGUAGCCGCUCGGGCCGGCUGGGCAGACGCUGUGGCUGAGAUGAAACUGCGUCUUGGGGACCACACACUGGGACGGUGGGGCAGGGGCCACUUGGCACAGCUGGGAGCGCGCUGGCCUUGCACGUGGCCGACCUGGCUUCCAGCCCCAGAAUCCCGUAUGGUGCCCUGAGCCGGCAGGAGGGACGCGAGCAUAGAGGCAGGGUAGACCCUGAGCACUGCUAGGUGCCCCCCCCCCCAAUCAGGACGGGGGCUGGGAGGUGGCUCAGUGCCGGAGCUCACCGUUGGGGGACACGGCCCUCUGCAGGUGUGGCCUCCCAGCCCCCGUGCCAGCCCAGCAGAGGGGAGGGAGAGUGAUUUUAUGCAGAGGCUGGACACGCCUGGCCAGCAGGGAGGAAAGGCUCCAGUUCACACUAAAGGCACGUAGGGGCCGUGGCCGGUGCUCGGGGCUGACCCCUGCGCCGCGGGGCUGGGUCCGCACUGGAUGCCAGGAUCGAACCUGGGUCAGCCAAAUCAAGGGCCUUGCAUGCCGUUUUAUCUCUCUGGCCCCAAAUAAGACUUUUUUUAAAGCAUAAAAUUCAAACACA